AUGCGCAGACGAGCAGAUAAUCAAACUAUAAACAAGGAUCAUGUCGAUGGGGACAAAAAGGAGAACGUGGAGCGACCCCAACACGAUAAUUCAGCCAAAGGCAAACUUUCCAUUGGGUCAUGGAUAAUAAACAUGGGGAAGUGUCUGCUUUUGAUCUUCAUUGUUCCUCCAUUCCUCAACUAUGCCUCACUUCAGAGAGAGCGCCAGAUGCUCCUCCCAAAAGAAGGACAGAUUGUUGACAUUGGCUUGGGUCAGACAAUGCAUCUUUUGUGCAAAGGAAAUGGAAUACCUGUUGUAAUAUUAGAUGCUCCAACUGGAAUGUCUUCAGAUGUCUGGUUUCAUAUUCAUAAGGAUCUCUCUUCACUUACUAAGGUUUGUGCAUAUGACAGAAUGGGACUGGGCUUCAGCAAACAUCUGAUUCAAAAUGGAACCACAGAGACAGAAAGAACCUGGGGAGUGUCCACUGCAGGACGGAUGGUAGAUGAUCUUCACAGACUCCUUCAGGCAGCUGAAAUAUCCAAACCCUUCAUCCUGGUGGGAUCGGAAAUAGGAGCCCUCAAUGCCAGGUUCUACAGCCACAUUCAUGAUGUGCAAGUGUCUGACCUGGUCAUGAUUGAUCCCAUCCCUGAGGACAUCUUUGAGGAGCUCCUGUGGAGAGAGUUCUGGUAUGGGAAGCUGUUGCCGUCGCUCCAAGCCAAGCAGUUCUCCGCAGCUACAGGCCUGAGCCGAAUGCUGAUCAUCCUGGGGAUUUUAGAACCAACUGUGACAGGGCCAGACGUGUCUGAGGAGGUCACCCAACUGCAGAAAUACCUGCUGUGUAACCCCGCCCAUCAGAGCAGCGCCGUGGAUGAGCAUUACUUUAUGAAUGAAAGUGCUGCUCAAGUACAAGACAUUUCCAAGUUCAAGCCGCUCUCCAGCAGGACACCUGUGAGUGUGAUCACUGGAGACCACUUUGACCGAGAAGUACCAGAUCAGCUGAACCAGAUGGUAGCUAAGCUUCAAAAGAAGUUUCUGGAGGUUUCAUACUCAUCAGCCAAUCACAUUCACAUAAAAGGAGCCGACCGACGAAUGAUCUACAAGGAGCCAUCUGCCAUCAUCCAGCACCUGAGGAAACUAGUCAGCCGACGUCAAGCCAACCGCUUCAGUGCCUGA